GAGAGAGAGAGAUGCUGCCGGCUUUAAGUCCGGUGUGACUUAUCUAUCCUACACUGCUGCUGUCGGUAACGGAGCGGCUGCGCACACACCUACACACACUCCUCUCUCUCGCUCUCUUUACAGUACCACACACACACACACACACACCGGAGCGCAGGAGCGGACUAGCGCACUAGGAAGAAGGGAGAGAAGAGAAACAGAGAGAGGCGACACAAGUCAGACCGGCUCGAGCAGGGGAAUGUGCCGGAUUCCACUGCGCACACACACGGGCUGUCCCGCACUGAGGGCUCCACUGCGUUAACGGGGACGACACAGGGCUGAUACUGAGGCAGCGGGACCAGGACCAGAGAGGGACAAAGUAAAAAAAAAAAAAAGUAGUCACCUGGCUGCGGAGGAAAUUAGAGAGGGAGGGGAGUGGAGGAGGGCGGGAGGUGUACCCGCCUCACAGAGCCUUGUUCUGGGGGUAACGCCACUGCUUGCGCGCAACGGAGAGUAAGCGCAAAGUUUCCUCGAUGGCGCUGGUGAUGGAGCCAGUGAGCAAAUGGAGCACAAGCCAGGUGGUGGACUGGAUGAAAGGUCUGGACGACUGCUUGCAACAGUAUGUGUGUGUCUUUGAGCGCGGAGGUGUUUGUGGGGAGCGGCUGCUGAGGAUUAGCCACGCCGAACUUGAGGAGCUGGGAGUCUCUCGCAUCGGACACCAGGAGCUCAUUCUGGAGGCUGUCGACUUGCUCUGUGCCCUGAACUCAGGGCUGGAGACAGAGAGCGUCAGGACUCUGGCUCACAAGCUCGGCGCCUCAGCCAAGAACCUGCAGAACUUCAUUUCCGGACGGCGUCGGAGCAGCCAAUCAGAGAGCAGGAGCUCGCGGCGCCUCCCCAAUGAUCUGCUGACCUCUGUGGUCGACCUCAUCACCGCUGCCAAGAGCCUGCUGGCCUGGCUGGACAGGUCUCCCUUUGCAGCAGUGGCAGACUACUCAGUAACCCGAAAUAAUGUCAUUCAGCUCUGCCUGGAGCUCACCACCAUUGUACAGCAGGACUGUACGGUGUUUGAGACGGAGAACAAAAUCCUUCAUGUGUGUAAGACUCUGUCGGAGGUGUGCGAGCACAUUGUGUGUGUGUCAUCGGACCCGCUGGUUUCGCAGUCAGCCCACCUUGAGCUGGUUCACCUCACCAACAUCAAGCCCUCUGAAGGCCUGGGAAUGUACAUAAAGUCAACCUACGAUGGACUCCAUGUUAUCACAGGAACUACAGAAGGGUCUCCGGCUGACCGCUGUAAGAAGAUCCAUGCAGGAGAUGAAGUCAUUCAAGUCAAUCAUCAGACCGUGGUGGGCUGGCAGUUACGUAACCUGGUCGGCUCGCUGCGGGCCGAUAAAGGCAUCGUGUCCCUGACCCUGAAGAAGCGUCCACAGAGCACGCUCAGCUCUGCCCCUGCGCUGCUGAAGAACAUGCGCUGGAAACCCCUGGCUUUGCAGCCGACCAGAAGCCCAGGCAGCAGUUCAGCCACGCCUUCAGGUACACCCACCAAGAACUCCGCCCUCCAGGACCUUUACAUCCCCCCUCCACCUGCUGAGCCAUAUACACCCAGAGAUGAGACAGGAGCCUUGUCUGGUGAUGAAGCAUCUCGUAACCAUGGUGGCGUCAGCGCUGCUAAGCGCUCUGAGUCACCGAACUCCUUCCUGGAUCAAGAGUCUCGCCGGCGAGAAGAAGAGGAGCCCGUGUACUGCACCACACCCACAUACGGCAGGCUGAGGCCCAUCUCCAUGCCUGUGGAGUGUAACUGGGUGGGUGAUUAUGAAGACCCAGCCAAGCUUAACAGAGAAAGCCGCAGAGAAGCCUCGCUUAUGCGUUACGUGGGACUGUCCGGUGGGGACGAACGGACCAGCGGUGAAGACUACUCCUCCCACACAGCUCGUCCGGGCAAACGGUCCAAUGAUACGGCCAAACGUGCCAAGAGGCGGAGCCACCACAGUCAAAGCCCCUCCCAUUAUGUCCUUCAGACAAAUCAGAGAGAGUCACCUCCCAGGGACCCAGCCUCCAUUUAUCAUACAUACCAACAGUCCUCCUCCUCCUCCUCUCUGCAGUCAAAGAACAGGAAGAAGAAUAAAGGACGAAGUUUGGCCUCGCUGAGUCGGAGGCGUGUUUCCUGCAAGGCGCUGGGCAGAGGAGACUGCGAGGGUUGGCUGUGGAGAAAGAGAGAUGCAAAGGGUUACUUUUCUCAAAAAUGGAAGAAGUACUGGUUUGUUCUGAAAGACAACUGCCUGUACUGGUACAUCAAUGAAGAGGAUGAAAAAGCCGAAGGUUUUGUCAGUCUUCCAGAAUUUAAGAUCGAUCGAGCCAGUGAAUGCCGCAAGAAGUAUGCUUUCAAAGCUUGCCACCCCAAGGUCAAGAGUUUCUACUUUGCAGCAGAUGGAGUGGAUGACAUGAACAGGUGGCUGAGUCGCCUCAACAUGGCCGCUGUAGGCUAUGCAGAGCGAGAGAGGAUACGCCAGGAGCAGGAUUACUGGAGUGAAAGUGAACAUGAGGAUGACGCUGCCUCCAGCCCCAAACAGGACAGUCCCCCACCUCCAUAUGACACCUACCCACGGCCUCCAUCAAUGAGCGCCUACUUGGAAGGAGGUCGGACCACUCGGCUGUCUUCCACAGAGACGUCUCGCUCUCGCUCAUCCCAAGAGGACUUCCUUUGUGGCGAGCCCCCUGCUGCAGCUGCAGAGCCGCAGUACCACCCUGGUCCUCUUGGGGGAGGAACCACACACAGUGGCAGAAAAGCAGGGGGCAGCAACAGCAGCGAUGUACAGUACAGAUGUGAUCCUGUAGAGUACCGCUCCAGUCCUGCUGGGGGUAGUAGUGAGACAGGGUCCCCGGGCCGCUCUUCAUCAUCGCAGAGGCGCUCCUGGCAGGACCUGAUUGAGACGCCAUUGACCGAGGCUGGACUGCACUACCUUCAAACUGGACCACUUGAGGACGCCGUCUUUGCUGAGCCAGGUGGUGGCUCAAUGAUGGCCGGAGCCGUUUACACUCUUCCUGCUCCGAGGAAUGUCCCGUUGCCCAUGGCAAUGCAGAGGCUGAUUCCUAUGGCAACCCAGGGAGGGAAACCCCGCAGCUUCACACUGCCACGAGACAGCAACCUCCACACGCUCCUCGCACCGCCUGCAAAAGAAGAACAGCAAACACACAACGGUGGCAGUGAAGGUGCCUCGCUGGGCGACCUGUUUCGUGCGUGCGAGCAGGGUGGGGUCUGUCCUCUGGGUCGGGGGUCGGAGUCCAAAGGUCAGUCAGAGUUCAGGCAGUCAUUUCUCCGAAGGGCCGCUGACCCUCAUCUCAACGAGCGCCUGCACCGCCUCCGCAUACUGACCUCCACGUUGAAGGACAGGGAGGGGGAACUAGCGCUGAUUGACAGGCUGCUGGCCAAACCCCAGCUGUCGUCGGCAGAGUUCCAGGAGUGGAAGAGAGCCUAUCAGGAGCUGUUCACUCAGGAGCCGAACUCGGCCGCCGACUCAGAUCCUGGCCCGCCCCUCACCCCGUCGCUCUCUCACACGCACUCCUACAUUGAGACGCACGUCUGACGCGAAAAGCAAAAGCAACACACACGCUUAAAUUGCUCUCAUCAGCUGAUUUUGGAUUGAGUUGAACAAAUUGCAGUUGAUGCUUUGAGGCAUCAGAGCUGCGAUCGGAGAAAUCUUAGUGACGAACUGAGUCGAGAGGCGAGAGUAGAGAUGCGCUUUGAGCAGCCACCGUGUGACAAGUGCAACAUGACGUGUUUUUGCGAAGACCCUCGUGUCACAUCAGUCUUCGAGCUGAUUGGUCAUGCCACUCCAGAUGGCUCGAGGGUGGACACUGACACUGAUUCUUGAGUAUUAUAUGUUAGCUUUUGUGCUGCGUACCUAAAAUACUCUCCAUGGAAAACCAUAUAAAGAAGGAUCUUCAUCAUCUUCAUACAGACUUCUCAUCCAGUGGGAUUACAGAGUUGUAUCUUUCUCCAUCUUGCUUAUUGUGCCAUUUUCAUACUGUGACUGCACAGUGUCUCAUAGACGCUCUAAUAGCCACAUACGUUGUAUUCUUUCAAGCCUUAUACUUGAUGUCUAUGAUGAUAUUUACUGUACAGUGAGUGCUACAGUAGACAACAAUAAGCAAAGGUCUUUUUAAAAAAAAAAAAAACAAAACACUAGUCUCAGUUUCUAUCUAGUUUUAGAGACUUUUGUUUGUGCUGGUUUGGUAGAUUCGUGUACUGUGCUGGGCUGGACCUGAAGCAUGCACACUCCUCCUGGAAUAGGACCCAUUUGAAGGAAAAAUCCACCCUCAAAUGCUUUUCUAGCAAUGCAUCAGGCAUCACAUGGUGUAGUUAGGAGCCCAUUAUCUGCUGUUGCUUUAUUAUUGAACUUCAGUUCACACUCCAAAAACACAGUAUGCCUUUCACAAACUGCCAUUUACUGCUUUAUAACUUCGCAUAUGCACAUUAAAGCAGUGUGGUUUUUACAUUUGGAAAAAUAGAACACUACAUGCAGUUAAAUCUGUUGUACAGACAUAUACAGGCAUAAAUAGAGAACAACAGUUAUUCUUGUUGCUUCGAGAAUAAAAGCUUGCAAUGAUCAAGGGAGUUUUCAAGUUUCUUUUAAAAUUUUUACACAAUAGUAAAUAAAAUAGGAUCUUUUAACGAUACUUUUAUUAAUUGCAAAACAAAAACAGCUACUAGAAAUGUCUAAUGUUUCAUUUACGUUGUAUACAUAUUGAAAGCUGCAUUUUAAUGACAUGUAAACAAAUACUAGGUGCCAUCCACAGAAAGAGGAAAAUAUAAUGUUACAUGGCUUUACUUAACAUUUCUUGCAAUGAUGAUAAAAGGUUUUGUCUUGCAUUAUAAUUAUUAUUGCACUGAAAAUUAGAAACUUGGUCUAACUAUAGAUGGAGCUUCCUAAAUCUGAGAGAGCUUCUCACUGAUGAAUAUUCUUUUUAGCUUUUGCAGAUAUGAAUGUUUAUAUAUAGUAUAGUAAAAGAAGUACAGUUCUGUUCCACCUAUGUGCAGUUGCCAGCUCCCAAUCUAGAACUGGUUUAAUACCCAAAAAUGGCACCAGUCAACACAAAAUUACUGGACCCAUAGUUUGAACCAUUGACAUCAGUGAUUAUGGGAAGAACUGAUGCAAGAAAUUCACCAAUGAUUGGCAGAUUCAGCCCACAGGUUCUGUUUGCUAUGAUUUUCUUUUCAUGUAAAUAAAUCCAACUUUUCAUAUCUUCCACAAUUUGGGCAAGUCAAAUUAGGAUUACUCCCUCCAUUACCCAGUCAAGUUGCUUCCAUGUCUGUCUUAACAUUAAUUUAACAUUUUGGAUAUAUGAAAUUUUGUCAGGUUAUUGACAAAAGUGUGUUUCAACCCUUAAGCACUAAAAUCCAAUCAGUUUAUCCUUGAGUUCAGGUGCCAAAAUUGAAGAAAUCGCCUCAAAAUUUUUAAGAGCUAUCAAUAUUGAAACAAUACAGUGAACUGAUGGAUGAAAGCCAUAGAAACAUGCUGUCUCCAGCACUAGAGUUUUGGUUUUUCUUAUGCAGUGUAUUUGUACAUAAUACCAGAUAAAAGCUUUUACUUCAGAUGUACCUCUUUGAUAUUACCUUAAGUGAAACUUUCAUCAACACAAGGGGACAUUUUUCCAUUGGACAUGUGGAAAUAUUUUGCCUUUUGUAGGCCACCUUUGUAUUGGCUCAGUCACACUAGAGUAAAGAUAGAUUAACAACCUCUAUGCAGCUAGGAAAAUUUGGUGGGUGCCUGGUAAGUGCUUUGAAGGUUUUUUUUCUGUCAGAGGCUGAUUGUAAGUAGUUACGAAACUUGAGCGUGCAAUACCCUCGACCAUAUUAUCACAGAUCUAAUAUAUUUGCCAACUUCACACCAUUCAACUGACUGACUCCAUCUUAUUAUUAUUUUGUUUCCGUCUUUACUCACUAAGGUUGCUUUGAGUACAGAAACCUAAUGCAAAUGGUUGCAGAUUAGUUCCCCAUCCCUGAAGCAACCAUUUCAAAGACAAUAAAAUGCCAAUGAAGUUCAUUUCACAAGUUUGUGUCACACAGUCUUAAUAAUUUUGGUGUUGUUACAAUGUCCAGCUAUUGAUUUACCUACUGAGACUGCAGCAUAAAUAAGAAUCUUUAUAACUUGCCUCGUUAAAUGAAGGUCACAUUGACUCACUGCAUCAUCUUGUGGUACAAAGUGGUAUUACACAAGUAUAGCCUAGCCUUGUUUCAAAUUUUGUUGAUAUUUUUUCAGCACAAAACUUUUUUUUUUUUUACAUUUUUUAAUACAUGACGCAUUAUAUACAUGAAAUUUACAAAAAAGUACACUGCAAUUCUCUAAGCCGUAAUAUCAUUGAUAUAUGAAAUUUUAUAGAUCUACCCAAAUCUUAUUGUAGAUUUUUGAAUUUGCACAAAUGUAACUUUAAAUAAAAGCGCAUUUCUAUCUAGUUUUUAGGCAACUGCUACUUCCAGACAUGGACGUUAUUUUCAUUUGGUUUUCAGUGCCUUAUAUGGCAUCCACACUCCUAGUAAUACAGGUGUAUGAACUCUGGAAAGUUACUGUUUCACCCCAAAAGCCUCCAAAAAUAUUUAAACCAAAACAAAAAAAAGCAAAGAGACAUUUUUAGCACAGAAAGAUUUUCUGAACAUCGCAGAUUUAUAGUACUUAAAAGAAUGCAAAAGUUUCUAAGGGUGGAUUUUUCCUUGGAGACCAUUUGGCUCUCUGUAUCCUGCAUGUCGCAUAGAGAAUAUGAGGCCAUAUUUGCAUAGGAACUGAAAUAUGAAUCUAAUAAAAAUAUAUUAGUUUGUUAUUUGUAGGCUAUGCUGUUGCCAAAAGACUUAAUACUCAAAGUCAGUGCACAAAACUAUGAAAGCAAUCAUAAAUACAUAUAAACACACACACAACUACACACAAUAAUAAGCACAUAGACUGAAUGCUCUUUCUCUGCUGCUGCCCGUGGUUGGUUGUAGUAGCAUGUCUUUGUUAUAGAUGAAAACAGUAUUCUUUUUCCUGUUUUUGUGUUUGAAAUCUUUACAUACAGUAGAUCUCUAUUUAUAGAGCGCAAACUAAGUGUCUUGGAAGAUAGUCUCUAAUUCUAGUUCAGUUUUUUUUUUCUUUUUGGACAGACUGUCGUUGAGUAAAGAUUGUUUAAUGUUCGAUCUAUAAAUUAUGGUUAAUUAAAAAAAACAGUAUUUAUUUAUGUAAUCAUUCUAUAUGCUCUCUUGAAAGAUGAGGAUGGAUCAAUAAAAUGUUGGUCAUUUCGAUGAAAGUGUUUUUUGUGGUCUGUUCUGUGAAAAUUAGUCCAUAUUGAUAUCAUAAAUUCAGCUUUUAAAAUGCUAUAUACGUAAAAGUACCACAAAUAAAAAAGUACCAAUGAAUGUAAAAGUAACAAGGACUUUCUGCAAUAAAUUUCCCCUUUGACAAAUAUAAUUUAUUCUACAUAUUACACUGCACAAAUACAUACAUAAAUAAAACAGCUUAUUAUUACAGUAUAAUAAGUUAGUUAAACUCCAGGGAUAUCAAGCUGUCUGGCUUUCCUUUGGUAGCCAGAAGUAUUCUCAAAUCCUCACUCAUUAUCUGAUAGUUUAGUCAGAAACAUGCACACGAGCAGCCUGUUGGAGGUCACUUUGUAGGGCUCUGGCAGUGCUCCUGUUUUUCCUCACACACUGGAGCAGAUAUUGAUGCUGCUGCUGGCUUGAUGGCCCUGUCCAGCUCUCCUCAUGUAACACCCCAUCUCCUGAUAUCCUCUAAACUGUUAGACUCAGGGUUUUGUGUUCUGUGGUUUGGUCGGCCAUUUCAGUUUUGCACAGUAGCAUGUCACAGUUCCCUCAUGUUUUGGUUCAUAUCUAGUUCUGUUUCAGUUUGGUUCAUAUUUCUUUCCUUGAGUUCCUGUGUAUUCUUGCCUCCCCUGUUUAGUCGUGUCUCCGUGUUUGUUUAUCUGUGUCAGUUUUGCCUCAGUGUUAGUUGUUUCCUGUUUUAUUUUGAUGGUCUCCAGUCUCUCGUGCUGUAUAUUUGGUUCUGUUUCCCUUGUCUUGUCUUCUGUGAUUACUUCAAGUUGUGCUCCCACCUAUUUCCUCUUCCCUCAUUACCUGGUGUAUAUUUAUUGUCUGAGUCUUCCCUUGUUCUCUGCCUCUAGGCUGUGUGCACCCUUGUUCUGUGGUUUCCCCUAGACUCCUAUUGUUUUUGUUCCUGGUUCCAGCCCUGCCUUGUUUUUGUAUUUGUGCAUUUUUGAAAAAUCUUCAGCAUUAAAGCUGUGUUCAUGCACUGUCUCCAGUGUCCUGUAGUCUGGGUCCACAUCCUACCUGCAAUACAAUGUUAUAUGACACUGUCCAUGGACAUAAAGCAAAUAUUUUUGUGAUGGCUUGAGGAGCUGGACUAUCUGUGUAACCUGAAGACUGCAGUUACCGCUCCAGCGAUUAGGACGCUGGCAAAAAGCAAAACUAGAGGAAAAUCAGUGAGGCAGGAUAAGGAGAGAGCUGGUCUGUGGCCACCACCUGCAAAACCUUUCCCUUUUUUGGUGUUGCCUUGUUGUUGCCUCUCUGUCACUUUCAUUUGCUCCAAAAAUGUAUGCUUCCUAAAUGGACAGAUUGAGUUCCCUGAAGAGUACCUGACUCACGUUGUGUUAUACUGUGAUAAUCGUGUGGUACCUUAACUUCUUUGAGCAGCAUAUGUGACUGAUCAAUUUGCAAACAGCAUAUGUUAGCUUGUUUUAUUUUAAUUUAAGAAGCUAAGUUUACUAGUCCUCAUCCAAAUAAAUCUGAGAAUCUGUGAAAUGACUGACAGGAGAAGAAAGAAGGAGCUUUUUGGACAUUUUCCUGUGAAAAACUGUCAGAGAUCUAAAGAUUGCUUUUUACAAUGUCAGGACAAGAUUUACAUUUCAGAAUUGUUGGAAUCAACUUUUUUGUUCUUUCCAAAGGUUUUUUUUAUUGGAUGAAAAAAAAUCACACAACAUCUAUUUUCUUAGACUCUUAUCCGAUUCAAGGUCAUAUGAAGGCUGGAGUCCCCACAGCCUAUCCUCUUUAUUCACAACGGGUUGCCACAGUGGAUAGAUCUACAUGUUUUGAUUUGGCACACAUUUAUGCUGGAUGCCUUCCUGAUGCAAGAGACUUAUGUCUAAAUCUCAACAAAAAAAUCUUUCUAUAAAUUAAAUGGUAGCUACUACAAAUAGAAGCUGUGGACCUAGUGGAAAAAAUACAUUUCCCUCUGACAUGUUGGGAAAAUAAAAAUACUUCAGUAAAGUACAAAUUGGUACUUGGUUUCUUUAUGCCAUUUAGGAAUUUAAAUCUCUGUAGCUAUCUACAUAGAUUUAUCUAAUCUAUGUAUCUAAUUUAUCUAAUCGAUUUAUCUAAAGUACCUACCAAAUAAAUGUGGCUAAAAUUGCUUAUAUUUAGCUUAGCUACACAGUAUGUGGUGCACUAUUAGGCUGCAUUAACUUGAUUACUCUUAAGAAGAUAAAUAACAACCAGGUGCUGCUGAUCAGAUCUAAUUAAUUAAUCGUCAGCAACUGUAAAAAGUUCAAUAAAAGCUGAUGUUCUGGCAGCUUGCUGGUCUGGAGCCACCAGGAGUGGCUAUCCAACUAAAUUUACCCUUUUUUUUUUUCUUUUGAAAUGUAAAGUUGCACCUGAACAAACUACAUGGGACUAAUGAUUUGGACUUGUUUUACAGCCACAGGACCUGGGCAGUCACUGAGUCGGUCAUGAGCUCCUUUUUGCACCAAAGUAUUCUAGAGUCAAACGUGAGGCCAUCUGUCCAACAGCUAAAGGCUGAAAUUGGGUAAUGCAGCAGGACAGUAUUUUCAAACACAGCAACAAAUCUACUGAAGAAGAAAAGAAUCAAGGUGUUGCAAUGGCCCAGUCAAAGUCCAGACAUCCACCUGAUGCUGUGGUGGGAAAUGAAUGGCAGCAAAUGUCAGUGAAUUCAAUGAAGUUUGGCUCAUUCUCAAAAAGAAUUGUAGAUCUAAGUUUGUACACAACGAUUCAAAGCAUUGCUGCUAAAGGUAGUUUUGACAUAACUUUAUGCAUUAUUAGUAUUAAAUCCGUAAAUAAUUAUCUAGCUAAUUAUCCAAAAAAGGUGACAAAAAAGCAUUAAAGGAAAAAAAAGCUGAGUCUCAGCUGUGACAGUGAGAACUUUCCUGAUGUAAUAUUGUCAUAAUCACACUUUAGAGCAUGGUAGCUUGAAAUUAACAUUUCAUAUUUCCACUUUUAUUCUUUUUUUCAGACAUUCAUUUAACUCAGAUGGUGUUCUAAAUAAGUAAUAUUUUUGUAGAUAGCACAGUGUGCAUUCAGACUUAAAUGGAAACAGAUACAAGCACAAAAGUGCAUCAGUAAUGAUCUCCAGCAGUUACCAAGCUAUUACCCAGAAACGCAGAUGCUUCUCUCUAAUGCUUUUCUACUCUGCAGCUUCAUCCUUCUUUGUCCAUUUGACUGUCAGUGCAGAUGAAGUGGAACAAGAAAACAAAAAAAGAGUCUCACACAACAUCCUUGUUUUGCUGCUCUUUCUAUAUCUAUCAAAUAGAAAACUUCAAUUAUUCAUAGGUAAGCUGCAAUGCUGCACACUUUACAAUUUCUAUCUGCAAAUUCUGCAAGAUAUUCUCCUUAGUUUUGCUGUUGUUGUUAUUUCAGCACUGUCACCCUCACCUUCAUCACCUUAUUGGCUGUUUUUUGUUUUGUUUUGUUUUUUUACUUCUCUAUUUCAUCCCGCAGCUUGGCCUCAUCCUGAAAACUCAUCUGUUUGAGUGUUACCUUCUUCACACUGAAUCUGUUUACCUCCUCUGCUUAUUCCCAAAAAUCCCAUUUAUCACACAGCUUAGCCCUUGUUUUUCUCAACACACAAUUACAUUGGAGUGACACUCUUUGGAAUAUUUGGUGACCCUUCCCUUUUACAUACUUACAUACUGUAAUUAACUUUCAGUGAACUAAAAGUAAUCUGAAUCAAUCCGGCAUAUGCUCAAAAGAGCUGCAAGGAAAAUGCCACAGUGCUCAGCCUGUAUAGUUUAUAUGUGAGAUGUUUAGUUGAAAAUGCUAAUCUUUUCUUCAUACUGAGUUAGUUAGAAUAAUUUUAUGAUUAUCUCUAGAGCAAGGAGGUUGGGUUAUAGCAAAGAACAUAAACAGCAUAAAACAUAGAUGUAGCCACUUUCCCGUUUUCCACUGCUUAGUGAAAUCCCAUUUUGAAGCCUCGAGCCAUGUUGGCUCGUUUGCUAACAAUUUCACAAGUCAUUAGCCAAUGAGCAUACCCUGAUUUAUUCUCCUUUUUGAUUGUUACAAAAUGGACCCAAUGAGUUAUGCAGUAGGUGACUGAGUACAUAAACAGGUAUAAGAAGCCAGGUCAAUGCCUGGGUCAAUGCCUGGCUUCUUAUGAAAUCUUUAGGACAGAAAACUUUUUCACAACUACAAAAGUUGAUCCCUAGUGGUCAUUAAAAAGAAUUAUGAACUUAGCUAUACUUUGUAGUAGUUUGGAAGUAAAACCCCACCCCAACCGGUCAUGGCAGAUGGCCGCCCCUCCCUGAGUCUGGUUCUGCC